GAACCAUACAUCCCACAAUCCCGCCAACGAUUCACCAUCGCACCGGGAGAGCACUAUGCCUCCGACAACUCCCCGUCUUCUGUAAUCGCCAUUCCGAAUAUCAUAUAAAGAUUCAAUUUUUUUCACCUCCAGAUUCGAAUGCAGUAUUAGUUUUGGCGUUAGGGUUUGAAGCUGCGAAUUAAGCUUUCUAGCUCUUCCAGGCGCCCCAUUAGUAGUAAUCUUUACAAUGUAUGCUGAUCGAGUGGAAGCUGGCGACAGGCUUUCAGUUAGAGACAGGCUCAUCGGAAAAUCAGUUGGUGGCUCUGGUCGCCGACAACAAAUCACCGGCAAGAGACUCAGGGAAGAUGAUGACAAAUGGGAACAUGACCUAUACGAGCACGGCACAGCUCAAAUUUCAAGUCGCAAACUUGGUGCAAAGGACCUUCGUCUUAAGCUGCAGAAACGAAGUGUGAGGGAUCUACGUGAAAAGCUCUCUGGUGCGGAGGCUGAUAAAUCCAAACCAAAGCCAAAUUCAGCAUUUGAGGUCAGUAAACCUCUUAAGAAGAGUAUGGUUGCUGAUACCCCAACAUUGGAAACGAAGAAAGGUGCCAGCACAACUUCUAAGAAGAAGAGUCAGCAGAAGGCUGAAUCUGUGGAUAGUUUUCUGCAGUCGUUGGGUCUUGAAAAAUAUGCAAUCACAUUUCAAGCUGAAGAAGUCGAUAUGGCUGCCCUUAUACACAUGACAGAUGAAGAUCUCAAGGCUAUGGGAAUACCAAUGGGCCCAAGAAAGAAGAUACUUCUGGCUUUGGAGUCUAAACACUGAGAGUCAAAGAGAUCUCUUCUAGUUUGUCCGCCCGUCGGGAAUCCGGCUGCACCUUCUGUAACUGUUAUGGGCUCAUUUUGUGUCUCUCCAUUGGAAAGUGGUCUCUCCAUGAUUUCAACCAUUUACCAAGUAUGACUAGUCUAGCAGGGGAAAAAACUAUUACUCCGUAGCAUACUUUUCUGCCACUCUUUAUAGUUUUAUUGUGUAACCAUGAUUCUUUUUCUUGCUCAAUGUGUAAAAAACUUGUUUUAAAUUAUGGUUUACUCUACUCAUUUCAAUAUCCACCCUUGCUGCUUUUUUCAAUAAAAAGAAUUCAUUUUU